UUACAUCGUCGAGCGUGCGGGUGCGUCGCGGAUGAAAAUUCGAGCAAAAAUUGUGGUCGCGGAGUGUUUUUGUUUAAACAUUAAGAGAGCGCCAACUUUAUAAUACAAGUGUAGACAAAAAAAAGCAAAAAAAAAAAAUAAAAACAGACCACAAUUAAAGCAACAAAUCAAAAUUGAAUCAGCAGCAAAAAUUGCUUGUGUCUGUGCAUCAAAGUAACAAUUGAGCGCAGCACACGAAAUUUUUAUAAACGCCUUUCCAUGAUCCCAACGACUAUAUCCACAUUGUUUUAUGCACACUAAACGACUUCUAGAGAAUUUUCCUAUUGACAAUAAACAACAUUAGCGCAUUUUGCUAAUGAAACUGGACACCCCCUCAAUAAACAACAACAAAUGCUUGUGUGAUGCGUAGGUGGGCAAUAAAUUAGAGAGCUAAAUUGACAAUGAUGAUGAUGUUGAUGACGACGUCGCCAAAGCUCAUGAAGAUGCUGAUGAUGUUCUUAAUGACCGAUUGACCCAUACGGAGGCGGCCAUGUGAAAUGCAUUACAAAUAAAUAUAUAAAACUAUAUAGAGACAACACAGCAAACGCAACUGAGCAAAACAAACAAAAAAGUGAAAGAGAGCGCAAGCGCUAAAACUUCAAUUGAGAGCGAGUGAGUGAGUGAGAGAAGCCGUCGCCAUGGAAUUCGAGUCCACGGAGCAGGAUGUCAUGCUGGAUGGCAGCGAUGAUCUGAUGUCUACAUCAAACACAUCCACAAAUGGCGCUGGUAGCGACACAAAUGGCAGCGCCAAGAAAUCGUCCAUAAUAUCGCCCGAUCCGACAUCGUAUGUGACAAAGGCGCGCGUAACGCGACCGACACCACCGCCACCCUCCAAGAAUCCAAUGCAAUUCGUACAGAUCAAGCCGUGCAAUUUAUAUCAGUCGGCGCAGCAGCAGCUCAAGAAGGCCGAGGAGGUUAAAAAGCUUAAGGAGGUGAAGAAGGAAGAGCCCGAGGAUUGGCAAUGUAACCUUGACAAUUGGAAAUCAUCGCGGCGAAAACGUGUCGAGCACAUCAUCGAUCGCGUUGUGGAAACGAAGAAACUUGAACUGGAGGAGCACGAUCGCAUGCGUCGAAAAUCGAAAACAUUUACCGAAAUGAUGGAGGAGAGGGCCGAGCGUGGACCUCAACGCGGACGCGCCAAGUUGGCAAAUCUUGCCGUAUACAACGAAGAUGAGGCCAACGACUUUAGUGACUUGGGCAUUGGCACCAGCAGCGCCAGUGGCAAGAGCAGUCUAUCCGAGGAUUACGACAACAACAGCGUUAUGAGCGAAAAUGCCGCCGAGUUGACUAAACCCAUUGGAGCUGUAGCUGCUGCUGCUGCUGCUGGCAGCAUUGAGGAGCAACAGAAUCACAUCAACAGCAACAGAAACAACGGCCAUGCCAAUGGCUUGAACAAGAGCAGCAGCAACCAGGCGAGCACCUCCAGGCAGGCGUUGUCCAAUGGCGCAGGCGGAGGCGCAGCUGCCAUACGUGAGAGCAUCCCCUCGCCUGGCUACGAGACCUGCUCGAGCACAGCGCCUGCCAGCUCGCCAGAUCCUUGCGAGUACACCUACGAGGGCGCCAUACAGGAUUACAAGCAGCGCAGCAGCAAAUUGCUGAACAACAAUGCCAACCAACGGGAUAAGCAGAGCAAUGGCGGCGGCGGCGGCGAGUCCUCCAUAGCGUAUCCGAUGCGACGUGGCAGCAAGAUUGAGGAUCGGCUGAGCGGCUUCGAGGUGAGCUCGCCGAGUGGCGAGCAGGCGCAAGAGGGCGCCGAGAAGCAAAAGGUGGAUGUGCCCAAGGUGGACAUAUCCAAGCGCAAGGAGAUCUUUGAGCAGCAGCAGCGCAAUGGCAAUGCGAACGCCGCUGCUGCGCCCGCGCAGGAGGUGAAGCGUCUGUCCAGCGAACUGGGCAGCAUACGUGAGCGCAUGCAGAGUCUGGAGCAGCCGCGUCCGGCGUUCAACAGCAGCAAGAGCGUCGAUGUGCCAGUGCCGCCUCUGAAGCAGCGCCUCAACAGUCUGCAGCAGCAUGUCGUAACCAAAGAGGAGGAGCAGCAGCGCAAGCCGCCGCUAGUGGCGCUCAUCGAUGCGCGUCAGCUGGAAAUAAUGCGCGGCGAGGAGCAGCGCAUGCGUCAGCAGCAGCAGCAACAGAAGGAGCAACAGACAAAACAGACGGCACCACCACCACCAGCAUUGAUAGUGGAACAGGUGGAGCAUGAUGACAGCGGCAUACAGGCGGACAACCAGGAGGAGCAGCUGAAGGAGCAACAGCAGCAGCAGCAACUAAACGAAGCAAUUGCAGCGCUAGCGCUGGAGGAGCUGCAACUGGAGCAGGCAGCUCAAGCGGUUAAUCAAAUCGAAGCGGAGUUUGAUGAGCUAACCGAUUGUCAGCCAGCAGCGCUGCCAGCAACAGCAGCAGCGCCAGCAGCAACUGUUGCCGCCGCAGCAGCAGCAGCGACUCAGCAAGCAGCAGCUGCACCCGCUCGGGACAUGGAAUUUAGUAUCAACGAAGCUCUUGAUUUGGCGCUGGAUGCCAUAGACAAGGAGGUCAGCAGCCAACAAGAACAGCAGCAGAAGGAGGAGCAGGAGGUGGAACAGGCGCAAAGCAUUAAAAAGACGAAUGUGGAGGAGCAGGUGGAGAUGAUGCCAAAUAAAACCGAUGAGCAGAAGAAGAAGGAGGAGCAGCAGCAGCAGCUGGAGGAAGUCAAACCGGAGCAACAGAGGGAGCCCAUUUAUGAAAACAUCAGCUCGAGCAUAUCUAUGCAACAAGUAGAUACUGAACAGACAGCGAUAACGAUGAUAACGAGAAGAAGCCACAGACGAAGCAUUCCAAGCAAAAGCAACAAUAACAAUAACGAGCAUAAUCAAACACACAGCAACAACAACAACAACACUAACGACAACAACAGCGACAAUCAAAACGACAACACAACAACAGCUGCAACACCAACAGCAGCAGCAGCAGCAACAGCAGCCGAACCCGAGCCCUAUUACCAAGUGCCCAAGGCCAGCGAGCCUUACUACGAUGCACCCAAGCAUCUGCGUCCCAUACCCGUGUAUGAGAACAUCGAUGUCUUCUAUACGGGUACGUCCAGUGGCGCGCCGCCUGCCAUGGAGCCGCCCAAGGAGAAGCCACCACCGCCGCCUGUGGAGCAGCCACCAGCUUUAGAUGAGCUCGACACCGGCACCUGGUCGUCGGACAAUACCUAUGAGACCAUCUCGAGCAGCACGCGGCGUCAGCUGCAGGUGCAGGCCAAUCAGUCGCUUGCCACGCCCAUGUCGCAGCCAUCGCCGCCCAUCAAGCGCAUGAACUCCACCAAGCGCAUCAAGAAGGAGCUGCGCAACAAGCGCUCCAGCUUUCUGGGCAUCGAAACGGACGCAGAGCUCGACGAUAUGGAAAGCUAUCUGGAGCUGACAGUAGCGCCGCCGCCAGACAUGGCCAAGCUGCUGCAGGAGGAGCGCAGACUCGAGAAGCAGCUCUACAUUAAGGCGGGGCUAUGCGACAGCUCGGACACAGGUGAAAGUCGCGACUCUGGCGUCUCGGAGAAUCAUUCGCGGCAGAGCAGCGAGCACUAUACGAACUCCUCAGAGGAGAACGACACACAAUCGGAGGCAACACCGCCGCCGCCACAGCAGCCUGCACCACAGCAUGGCGAGCUGAUCUAUCAGAACGAGACGCUGCUGGAAGCCACAGCCACCGCCAAGAUGCUGUCCAUUGAGGAGAAGAUACGCGAACAAGGCGAAGUGCUGCGCGUAGAGCGCGAGUUGUUGCACUUUUCGCAGGAGGAGCUGAAGCGACAGCGCGAGAAUCUGCUGCUGCGCGAGAAUCUGGCGCGGCGCGAACUGCAGCAGGGCGCCAAGAUGAUGAUGCUGUCGAACAAUCGACGCUCGCUGCAGGAUUUGCAUCAUGGCCUGGGCAUUGGCAAUGGCAUGUUGUCCGCCUUUCAGCCGCCGCAGCCGCAGCAAGCGCAACAGAUUUAUGCCAAUGUGCCACAGCAGCAGCAGCAACAGUUGCCGCCACGCCCAGCGCUGCCACAGCAGCAGUACCAACAAAUGGAUGCAGAUUAUCGCAAGUCCAUGUCGGAUUUGAACGAGUUCAGCAAACGCCACAUGCUGCCGCCACCUACGCCGCCCACCAAACCGCUGCGCGCAAUGCAUUUGAAUAGCAAUGGCCAUGGCCUGGAGCCGGACUAUGCAGUGAGCACACGCCAGCGUGCGAGCAGCAACAUUUACGGCGGCUCCUUGGUUAAAAUUGCAGGCGCACCGCUAGCGCCACUGGCCAGUGUGCCAGCCUAUCAUCAUCAAUCGGCGCAGAAUCUGAGCAACAUGUCGCGCAAUACGCUGCUGGCGUUAAGCGCUACACCCAAGCCCAAGUAUACAGAUGGUUGGGUGCAAGUGCAGCAGCAACAACAACAACAACAGCAGCAGCAACAACGGCAGCUGCUUAACGAUGCUGCUUGGCUGUCCAAGCGCAAAUCCAUGCCUGACUACAAUGGCCAGACGUUAUACAACAAUGGACAGCCCAAUCAUUGGCUGCUGCAGGAGGCAGAGCAUCGCCGCCUGCUCGAGCAGCAACAGUUGCAGCUAAACAGACGCUCCAUGCCUGCAUCCAAUGGCAAGCCACUGCCUGAUUCCAUUAUACAAACGCUUACGGAGCGUGUGCAGAGCAAGGGCAUAGGCGAGCGCAAGCGCUUUGAUGGCAACGGCAACUACAGUCAGUUAAAUGGCAACGGUAUGGGCUUAAAGCCAGCACUCAGCAACAGCAACAACAACAAUAGCAACAGCAACGGCAACAUUAUAAGCAGCAGCAACAAUAAUCUUGCCGGCAUUGGCAAUCAGGAUAAAGUGCUUAGCGUUAGUGGCAAGAAGAAAUGCUCCCAUUGUGGCGACGAAUUAGGUCGCGGUGCCGCAAUGAUUAUUGAGUCGUUGCUGCUGUUUUAUCACAUCAACUGCUUCAAGUGCUGCGUCUGCCACGUGCAACUGGGCGAUGGCUUAAACGGCACCGAUGUUCGCGUCAGGAAUCAUAAGCUGCAUUGCCAGAACUGUUAUUCCAGCGACGAUGGCAUCAAGUUCAGCUGCGUUUAACCAGCGAUUCAGUUUCAAUUGUUGUUGUAUUUUAAAUUUGAUUGUUGUUGUUAUAAACAUACACAUAAGUACACGUACAUAGAUUUUACAUACAUCUACAUUUACAUAUACAAUACAUACAUAUGUUAAAUGUUAAGCAUAAAGUCAAUAUCGAUAUGCAGAGAGAGAGAGUUCCGCCUAAAUGUUAAUUGCCGACGUUCAAUUUUUUGCAAAUUGCAUUGAAAAUUUUACAUAGCUAUAUAUAGUACGAUAUGUAACCAUGUUUUUGAUUCAGAUUUUAAAUUU